AUGGCUUCCGAAUCAUCCACGGUUUCAAUCAAACUUUUGAUUGACCAGGAAAGUAACAAAGUAAUUCUGGCUGAAGCUGGUAAUGAUUUUGUUGAUACUCUCCGUAGUCUGCUUACAUUUCCUCUCGGAAACAUUGCACGACUUGUCGGCAAAUAUCCGAUUUCGCAGCCCGGUUGCUUAAAUAACCUAUACAACAGCGUCAAAAACCUCAGCCUCAACAGCUUUCGGAGCCAUGCAUGUAAGUUUAUGCUGCUUCAUCCAAGAAGCAUUCAUGAAGACAAGUUGAAGAACUUGAAGCUUCCCAUGGAUUUUACACAGCCUACAAAAUAUUUCGCAUGCGGAAACCUGAAAUGUAGAGAAAAACAAGAUGUUUUGUUGAGUAAUUAUGAAACUUCAAGAUGCUCUCGCGGAGAGUUGAUGUCUACACAGACAAGGUUUCGUGGAGGGGAAAGAGAUGCUGUAACAGAUGAAACCGAGGGAGAGUUGUGUAAGGUAGAAUCAAUGUUUUUCGUCACUGAUUUAAGAGUGAUUAAAGGUUAUCCAGGACGUCUGAUUAGCUUCCUUUCGGAUUUGGGUGUGGAGAAUGUUAUCAUAUUGAAGUGA